UCUAGUUUAAAUUUUGUGUUUGUUUUGAAUUUAGCCUUUGGGUCGUCAUAUUUUUCAUCUUCAUCUGUAAAAAUCUCAAAAAGUGAUUGUUUCUUGUGAAAAAAGCAGCGAAAGCUAUAGCGGACAUAUUGCUGAUGGUAACGAUAAUACUGUGGUCGAGUGAAAUAGUGACAUAGGAGCUCCCGUAGUAAUGGCAGCAGAUCGCCCGGGUCCGACGGGGCCAGAAGAAGUUACAUCAGCCGGUGGCAGUAUUACCAUCACAGAGACCCAUACACAUGAGCAAAUUCCGAGCACCAGUCAGGAACCUCCUGUGUUACGUCUCCGGUUACAAAAACCUCGGUCGAGCAAGAAAGUCCAGUGGACCAACGGUACGGUAGACAAUGAACACAUGAAUAAAAAGAAAUCAAAAUGCUGCUGUAUUUACGUCAAACCACGUGAGUUUGGCGAAAGUUCUUCAGAAAGCGAGGACGAAUGCGAACACUGUUUCGGGCAUGUGGAACAAAAGAAAAAACGUAAGCCGAUACCGGACUCGGAUUCCGAUGCAGUAGAUUCCAGUGGAGGACCUUCGAAAGAUCCGUCUUCAAAUGAAAAUAGAUCUAAUGAAUCCGGAGAUAGUGAAUCCAAUGCAUCAUAGAAAUAGGUAAUACUAAUUAUAAAACGCAUUCAAAACCAUUGAAUACAAAAUAUAUUAUGUUUCAAAUUUAAUUUCUUUUCAAUUUAUAAUAAAUAAUUUAUUUUAUUUCAAA